CGUGUGAGAACACUUGGGGUCACACUUCAACUCUCAAGCUUCGUUUUCUUUUUUUUUUCCUUCUUCCUUUGCAUUCUCUCUUCUCUCUUUUCUUUUGCUUCUGCGUAAACUUCUUCAAGUUGGGAUUCUUGUCAGAACCAAAUAAGGUCAUGAGCCCUCUUGACUUAGAGGCUGCUCAGCUUGAUGAGACAAUAAGGGAAAUAGAACAGAAGAGUCUCUUUUACUACCAAGAGAAGAAAAAGUCGUUAAGAGCUCGUUAUGUCUACGGAACCAUCUUCUUGGUUAUAAACCUAUGCGCUUGGUUCAUCCGUGACUACGGACAAAAGUCUCUGUCCUUGCUCCCAUAUGCUAGUAGUUGUGGACCAGAAGGAAGUAAAUGUUUUCAUACUUUUGGGGUUCUCCGAGUGAGUCUAGGAUGUUUCAUAUUUUUCCUUAUUAUGUUCCUCUUAACAUGGAACACAAUGAAACUCCAACAAGCUCAAAACAGUUGGCACUCGGAUCAUUGGUUCUUCAAGUUUCUCCUGCUGGUUUUAGCCAUGGUGUCUUCUUUCUUCAUACCUGAGCUUUACAUCCAACUUUACGGAGAAACUGCGCGUGUUGGUGCUGGGAUUUUUCUUAUUCUUCAGCUUGUAAGUAUUAUCGAAUUCAGCACUUGGUGGAAUAACUACUGGAUGCCUCAUGAUCAAACUAAGCAAAGCUGCUUCUUUGGUUUGGCCAUGAUGAUAGUUUUCUACAUCGGUUCUGUUUGUGGGGUCGCAGUUAUGUACUUCUUCUACGCAGCUUCAACUUCUUGUGUCCUAAAUCUAUUCUUCAUCUCAUCCACAUUUAUUCUUAUAAUCUCUAUAAUGGUUAUGACCUUGUAUACAAAGGUGAAUAGAGUAAUUCCGUCUUCCAGCAUUAUGGUUUCCUACAUUGUCUACCUAUGUUGGUCUGCCAUCAGAAGUGAACCUCCAAAUACGAAAUGCAAUGCGCAUACUCAAAAUGGUCAUACCGUUUGGAUUACCAUACUGAGUUUUCUUAUAGCUAUAGGCGCCAUUGUGAUGGCAACAUUCUCAACCGGGAUUGAUUCAGAAUCAUUCGGGUUCCGUGAAGAAGACGAAGCUAAAGAAGAAGAUGAUAUACCAUAUAGCUAUGGAUUCUUCCAUCUUGUGUUUUCCUUAGGAGCAAUGUACUUUGCUAUGUUGUUCAUCAGCUGGGACCUCGCACAUUCUACUCGGGAAUGGAGCAUUGAUGUUGGGUGGACAAGCACGUGGGUGAAGAUAGUGAAUGAGUGGUUUGCUGCAGCGAUAUACCUUUGGAAGUUGAUUUCUCCUCCUGUGAGACAGCCUAGAGUUCAUGAACAACCUCAGGCAACAGCAGCAGCAGAAGUUCAUGAACAACCUCAGGCAACAGCAACAGAAGUUUUGAACAACCUCAGCCAUCAGAAACAGAAGUUCAUGAACAACAUUCAGCCAACAGCAACAGAAGUCAGCAGAUAGAUGAAGUUGAAUUUAUCCAGAAUAACUCAAAGUUUAGGAAGUGAAUACAAAAACAAAUCCAUCAGAAUCCUUCAACAUCCAUCUUGUAUAAAGUUUUUUUCUUACCUUAAUGUGAUGCCAUUAAUGAAGAACAUAAUCAAAUGUACAACUCAGAGCAAAAAAGUCAUAUAUAGAUUCCAUGGUUGUUGAAACUCUGCUUAAUCAUAGAGUUAAAGGAGAAACGAAAAACAAGAAACUAAACAGGAGCCGUGUGUGGUUUUGGUUUUGAUCAUUUUUUAUCAGAUCCUGGAGCAAGCAAGCGAGUGUUGAACAAGUAAUAAGGAGAGUGAAACCAGCUUAUACUGUUUGUCGCAAGAUCAAAAGCACCGAUGCUACAUUGAAACGCUUUCUCCUUCUGACGCGGCCAAACAUCAUCACCAACGAAAUAGAUUGAAUCGCUCUUGAUGAUUCCUCCUCCUCCACCAACAUCUUCUUCUUUACCUCUUGCUGCUGCUAAUAUGUGCCCAUCACCAAAAACCAAUAUAUGAUCGCCCAGAGAAUCUACUCGCUCCCAUUCCUCUCCUUCAAGAUCCAUCUUAAAGAUGUAGAACAGACGCUUCUCUUGGUUCUCAGGGAAUGCCUUUAAGCUCACAAUGAUCAGAACAUCUCCUGAACUAGUGAUCGCUACUCUCGUCUUCCAAACGUAUUCCCGCGGCUGAGGAACGUAGUAAAGCGGAUGAUUCAGGUAAGGGUUUCCUUCGAUGAUCUCGACCGGGAAAUCACCGGAGUAAUCGAAGAUCCUGACGAAUCGAUCAGAGGUAUAUACGCAGAGCCUUUGGUCCCUGUAAGCCAUGGCUAAACACUUUUCUCCUUCAAGGUGCCACCAAGAAUCAUCUCCUUUCUUAUAAGAGAACAAGUAGAGAUCGUUGUAGAUCCAACACACCACAUAGUCUCUCGUCGUCUCGUCGACCCACAAUACAGCCGUGUUGAUAUACCUCUCUCUGUUGAUGAUCGUCUCCCGAUCCAUCCAAGAGUGCUCGAGUAAGAAGUCGCCGUCGUCUUUUCUCCGGAGCCUCACCACCUCGCCUCGGAGCGAUAGAGGCGGGAGGUCGAUUCUCUCGCCGGUGAACGCGUUUACGACGGAGAAAUCGAGUCGGGGGCUCAGCAUCAGCAACCAGCUGCCGUGACUCGCGACGCACCGGCUCCCGGGGAACUCGGCUCCGAGAUCUACCGUCCUGUACCUCUUUUAUUCUCCGGGAUCGAAGAGAUUGCAGGAUUUCGAGCCGGAGAACUUGUCCAGGAAACGAAUCAGCCAUGGGUACCUGUUUCGCGAUCCCGCGGCGCACGAUUUCGAGACGGAGUACCAGGUCGAGCAGACUGUUCUUGCUCGGUGGAAAUCUGGGAGCUUAAGCUCUCGAGGAUCAAUCGCAGUGCAUCGGAACAGAUCUCUGACCAAUCGAGGUCUCUAGAUUUCAUCUUCUCUUCUCUCUCGAUCUGAUCCAUCAUUCUGCUCUUAGGGUUUCCGUUUCCGUGUUCUUACUCUGAUAAACCCGUUAACUAAUUAAAGACGAGUUUUUAAGAUAAACCGUCA